AGAAAUUGCUGCAACCUUAGUCGCAGUGAACUACAUGUCAAAUGGUUUCGCCGUUUCGGUCCUCGUCAAAGUCCCUCAUUCGGUUAUUCCCACCUUCCCAGACAUCUCCGUCUGUACUGUAAUAACUCCUAACCAGCCUGGUCCGGCGGGGGUUGCUUCACGCUGAGACACGCCUACUCGAUCUUUCAACUACCAGAAAACCGAAAACUGUUCUGUUUUCGUUUCCGGACUAGAAUUGCAGAACAACAAUGGCGAAAUCGAGUGCGGACGACGAGGAGCUCAGGCGAGCCUGUGAAGCAGCUCUCGAGAGUAGUGGCACUAAGGAGAAAAUCGUGAUGUCGAUCCGCGUCUCAAAAAGUCGUGGGAUCUGGGGUAGAUCAGGACGAUUAGCUCGUAACAUGGCAAAACCUAGGGUUCUUGCGCUAUCCACAAAAUAUUCUUCAAAGGGUCAGAGGACUAAAGCUUUUCUUAGAGUCUUAAAGUAUUCCUCUGGAGGAGUUCUUGAGCCUGCAAAACUAUACAAGCUAAAGCAUCUAUCAAAGGUAGAGGUUAUUGCAAAUGACCCCAGUGGCUGCACGUUUACACUGGGAUUUGAUAACCUUAGAAGCCAAAGUGUUGCUCAACCUCAGUGGACCAUGCGCAACAUCAGUGACAGGAAUCGCCUUCUGCUUUGCAUCUUAAACAUGUGCAAGGAGCUACUAGGCCAUCUUCCCAAAGUUGUUGGCAUUGAUAUUGUUGAGAUGGCUCUUUGGGCUAAGGAAAAUACAUCCACUGUCACCACUCAAGCAAAUACUCAAGAUGGGCCUAUCGCAACCAUUGUGACAGAGAAUGACUUGAAAGUAACUGUUGAAAAAGACCUUGUCUCACAAGCUGAAGAAGAGGAUAUGGAGGCCCUUCUUGGCACGUAUGUCAUGGGUAUUGGGGAAGCAGAGGCUUUUUCUGAAAGGUUGAAGAGAGAGCUACUUGCUUUGGAAGCAGCAAAUGUGCAUGCCAUUUUGGAAAGUGAGCCUUUAGUAAAUGAGGUUUUGCAAGGUUUAGAAUCAGCAAUGAUUUGUGUAGAUGAUAUGGACGAGUGGCUAGGAAUUUUUAAUGUAAAACUCAGACACAUGAGAGAGGACAUUGAAUCGAUAGAAAAUCGUAAUAAUAAGUUAGAGAUGCAUUCUGUGAAUAACAAGGCCCUUGUAGAGGAGCUUGAUAAGCUUGUUGAAAGGCUGCGUGUUCCCUCUGAGUAUGCAGCCUCUCUAACAAGUGGUUCAUUUGAUGAAUCACGCAUGCUUCAGAAUAUUGAAGCAUGCGAAUGGUUAACGAGUGCUUUACGUGGUCUGGAAGUUCCAAAUUUGGAUCCUUGCUAUGCAGACAUGCGAGCUGUUAAAGAGAAGCGUAUAGAGCUUGAAAAAUUAAAAACUACUUUUGUUCGGAGAGCAUCUGAAUUCUUGAGGAACUACUUUUCUAGCCUGGUGGAUUUUAUGAUAAGUGAUAAAAGUUACUUUUCUCAGCGAGGACAAUUAAAGAGGCCUGAUCAUGCAGACCUGCGGUACAAAUGCAGGACAUAUGCACGCCUUCUGCAACACUUAAAGAGUCUCGACAAGAAUUGUUUGGGUCCAUUGCGGAAAGCUUAUUGUAGUUCUCUUAACUUGCUGCUUCGUCGAGAGGCCCGUGAAUUUGCUAAUGAGCUUCGUGCUGGCACAAAAGCAUCAAGAAAUCCCACUGUCUGGCUUGAAGCUUCCUCUGGUUCCAGUCAAACUGUGAAUAAUGCAGACACUUCCAAUGUAUCUGAUGCAUAUGCAAAGAUGCUUACUAUUUUCAUCCCCCUCCUUGUUGAUGAGAGUUCCUUUUUUGCACAUUUCAUGUGCUUUGAGGUUCCUGCUCUUGUUCCACCUGGAGGUCCUGCUAGCGGGGACAAAAAUGGGUUGAAUGAAGAUACAAAUGAUGAUGAUUUGGGCAUUAUGGACAUUGAUGAAAAUGAUAGAAAAGAGGGUAAAAGUUCUUUGGAGCUGGGAUCAUUAAAUGAAUCUCUUCAAGAUUUGCUUGAUGGAAUCCAAGAGGACUUCUAUGCUGUGGUGGAUUGGGCAUACAAAAUUGAUCCUUUGCGCUGCAUAUCAAUGCAUGGGAUUACAGAGCGCUAUCUCUCUGGUCAGAAAGCUGAUGCAGCAGGGUUUGUGCGUUGUUUGCUUGAUGACCUCGAGUCAAGAAUUUCAGUUCAAUUCAACAGGUUUGUUGAUGAAGCUUGCCACCAGAUUGAGAGAAAUGAACGCAAUGUACGGCAGAUGGGUGUCCUGUCUUAUAUCCCCAGAUUUGCAACCCUUGCAACACGUAUGGAGCAGUAUAUUCAAGGACAAUCUAGGGACUUGGUUGAUCAGGCUUACACAAAAUUUGUUACCAUAAUGUUUGGGACUUUGGAGAAAAUUGCACAAGCCGAUCCAAAGUAUGCUGACAUUUUACUUUUAGAGAACUAUGCAGCCUUCCAGAACAGCCUCUAUGACCUAGCUAAUAUUGUGCCCACACUUGCAAAGUUCUAUCACCAGGCAAGUGAGUCUUAUGAACAAGCUUGUACACGUCAUAUCAACAUGAUCAUAUACAAUCAAUUUGAAAGACUCUUCCAAUUUGCUCGAAGAAUUGAAGAUUUGAUGUACACAAUUACACCAGAGGAGAUCCCAUUUCAGCUUGGACUUUCCAAAAUGGAGCUUCGGAAAAUGUUAAAAUCCAGUUUGUCUGGGGUUGACAAGUCCUUCAGUCAAAUGUACAGAAGAUUGCAAAAGAAUUUAACUUCAGAGGAGUUGCUGCCAUCCUUAUGGGAUAAAUGCAAGAAGGAAUUUCUGGACAAGUACGAAAGCUUUGUUCAACUGGUUGCCAAGAUUUAUCCCAAUGAAACCGUUCCAUCCGUAGCAGAAAUGAAAGAGCUUCUUGCCUCCAUGUAGAGGGAGUGAUUUCUUUUUCAGAUGUAUAGAGGCUUCAAUGAUCCCUUGUGUGUGUAUAUGUGUAAUCCGAUUUUUUCUCUUGAAAGAGAGACAUCUCAGUUGUCAUUACUAGAAUAGGUUGUACUAUACAUGUUUACAUUGUUUCUUUUAUUGGAAGUAAGAAAAAUUGUCAAUCCUUUCUUGGGCCAAGGUACUGUUUGAAGCAUUCCAAGGUGUUGAUCUAUUAUUUGGUUGUUUGCAUCUCAUUCCACUUUCAAUGCUUUUUCUGUAGUCAAUGCACGGCCCUACCAUUCCUCUAUGUAUUCCUCGUAAUACAGAGUACAGACUCAUUGGUUAUAUUCAAGGCUUUCUAUUGAUUUGA